AUGGAUCAUGAAUCAGGCGAAGGGAAGCUGGAAAGUGCGCCAAAGUUCGACAGGAGCGACUAUUGGAGUUGGAGCUUCCGGUUUGAGCAAUGGGCAGAGGCACACGAUCUAUGGGGGUACUUUGAUGGUUCGGAGGAGCGACCUGCAUCGGGUGACGCACGUCUAAAGUGGGAGAGGAGAAAUCAGAAGGCAUUCGCCCAAUUCUGCAAUGCCUUGGUGCCAGAUGAGCUGAUUCGCUUGGUACGGGAGUUCGGCGGCAAGACCGAGUUGGGCAGCGCACCUGUUGAUGGCAGAGCAAGAGCGGUCACCCGAGUUCCUGCAGGCAUAGCAGCGGCAUACACACGAGUGAAGGGGUUCUACCUUCAGCGUGGAUUGUGUAACCGGAUGGCACUCUCUGAGGAGCUCUCUUCCUUGAAGAUGAAAGAAGGGGAGGGAGUGGCUGUAUACUGGGCGCGUGCCGAGGACUUAAAGUCCAAGUACUUGGCUGCAGGAGGGAAGGAGGAGGUUGAGGAGUGGAUGAUGAGGGUACUCAAAGGACUACCUCCUCACUUUGAGAUGCUGAAGGUAGUGCUGAACAACCAAUCACCAUCGCUUACUAAGGAUCAGUUGCUUACCUCUUUGAGGAGCGAUGAGAUGCGGAUUGGUGUCGCACCAAGAUCGGAUGGUGUUGCCACUUUUGGAGCGGGUACGAAAGUGGGCAGCAUCGGCAGGGGAAAUUGGGACAAGGGAGGAAAACAUGGAGGCAGCGGUAACAUCAGCGGCACCAACUCGGGCAUAUGGGGUCAAGGGAAAGGCAAAGCAGGAGUGCUUGAUUUCCCUUGGGGGUCCAAGGGCAUGGCUCCUAGGGGGUUGUGUCAUGGCUGUUGGGAUGAGGGACAUGCAUGGCAGCGAUGUCCUCACCGACCUAAGGGAGGCAUUCCUACAUUCUUACAGCGGGGGGGUCGUGGGUCCAACGGCAAGGCACAUGUGGCGGAUGAGGAGGAGCAGGAUAACAAGGCAGAGGUAGUGGUUGGAGAGGCAGUUGCAGCAGUAGGAGGGGAGCAGAAGCGAGAGGGGUGGUGGAUUGACAGUGGAGCCGGCCACAACUUUACUCCUUAUGCAUCCGACUUCAAGAGUAAGUUUGAGCCACCUGAGAUUCGGGGAGUUAGAUUGGGAGAUGGACGGGUGGUAAAAGCUGUUGGCAUGGGUGAGGUGCCAGUGGUUGGUGCUGGAGUGCGUACACCGUCACUGGGAGGAGCGGUGUAUGUCCUCAGCCUCAUUGAAGACUUCACCAGACGAGUUUGGUCGUUCCCACUCCCCAACAAAGAAUCAGCCACAGUUGCAAAAGUUCUUCGACAGUGGCAUAAGGACGUGGAGUUGGAGUGUGGGCGGAAGCUGAAGGCUGUUCGCUCAGAUAGGGGCGGCGAGUUCUUGGGCGACGCUGUGAAAGCAUGGAAGGCGGAGUUUGGCAUUAAAACGCAAUUGAGCGUCGCAGAUACACCGCAGCAGAAUGGGGUCGUGGAGAGGUGGCACAGGACGAUGGCAGAGGGGAUUCGCACAUUGUUGGUCGACAGUGGUCUCCCUGCUCGCUUGUGGGGUGAAGCAUUGAUGUGGGUCAUGUGGGUUAAGAACAGGGUCACUCGCAAUGCUUUGCCUGCCUCCAUCACACCAAUGGAGGCAUGGUCCGGCCAGAAGCCGCAUGUGGGCAUGGCUCGGAUUUGGGAAACAGUUGACGACGCUGAGAUGCCACCUUCAUCACUGCCACCGGCACCGCUCGGUGUGUCGCUGCAACAGCAGCCCACCCCUCUGCAGCAGCUCAGUGGCCCCUCGGUCAUUCAGCGCCGAUCCGCUACACAUGCUACUUCCUCUUCCUCCUCCUCUGGUCAGUGCUCUGUCCCCCUCUCUACGGGUGCACCUACGUCACCAGCGACUACCUCCCCACCACCGGUUACGGGUUUGCACGUGCUUGGUAUCCAAUCUGGUACAGGUGGUGAGGAGGUAGGGGGGGAUGCUGGUGUGGUUGAGGGCAUGCUGUGUUUGGUCAAGGAGGUGGAGGGUGUUGCACUAGCAGGUGUGAGCAACAGUGAUGUCCCACACACACUCACUAAGGCACUGCGUGGCCGUGAGGGCCCUGCGUGGAAGGCAGGCGCUGAGAAGGAGGUAAAUGCAAUGCGCACUAUGGGUGUAUGGGAUCCAGAGCCGGUCGACUUACCUCCAGGGUUUGACCGCAGUGCAUACGAUGAGGCUCUGUACAUCGGGUUUGUGGAUGAAGAGCCAGUGUAUGUAUUGGUGUAUGUGGAUGACCUCUUGUUUGUGUCUCCACGCUUGGAGCUGAUCGGUCAGGUCAAGGAGGUGCUUGCUAAGAGGUACUAG